GAAUUAGGGAGUUUCGGUUUGGAAUCCUUUGCAGACACUGAGGGAAGGAGGACCGAGGCAUCGCGGUACUCCAGACGACCGCAAACGAAAUGAAGAGAACUCGGGAACUGAGCGUGGUCCCGGAACCUUAGCAGGCUGGAUUGGCAAUCCAGUAGGAAGGAAGACAGACUGCCCCUUUUGGGCCACGUGACUAGAAAUUAGGGACCGGGGCACAGCUGGAUGCGGAAGACGGCGUGGUCUCCGAAUGGCGUUGGGAGAUGACCACCCCUCUGCUUGACUGAAAACCGAGAGGCUCGCAAACUGCCUCGUACAGCGCUGGCACAACACACGGAGUGUUUGCAGAGCCUUCAUGAAAGCCCACAAAGAAGUGAAGCGCCUGUUUGUGGGUGGCCUUAGCCAGAACAUUUCCAAGGCUGACCUGCAAAAUCAGUUCAGCAGAUUCGGAGACGUUUCUGACGUGGAGAUCAUCACACGGAAAGAUGACCAAGGAAACCCACAGAAAGUCUUUGCAUAUAUCAACAUUGAAGUAGCAGAAGCGGAUCUGAACAAAUGUAUGUCUGUUUUAAAUAAAACAAAAUGGAAAGGUGGAACACUACAAAUUCAGCUAGCAAAAGAAAGUUUUUUGCACAGAUUGACCCAAGAGAGAGAAGAAGCAAAGGCAAAGAAAGAAAAAUCAACAAUAGGCAACACCAGCUUUUUAGACAAGAUGGGAGUGGUGGAUUUCCACAUGAAAGCUGUGCCAGGGACGGAAGUGCCAGGGCACAAAAAUUGGGUCGUGAGUAAAUUUGGAAGAGUAUUACCUAUCCUUCACCUAAAGAAUCAACAUAAACGUAAAAUCAUGAAGUAUGAUCCAUCAAAAUACUGCCACAACUUAAAGAAGAUCGCAGAGGAUGUCACACAUGCCACCCCUGUGUCCAGCCUCACCUGGGAACUGGAAGGAGGAGAUGACCUGAUGAGUAAGAAGCGGCGAGGAGACUUCUGUGCUGUUCACAGCACCCCCCAGAAGAAGAUCAAAGGACAGAAGAACCAGGCGUCUGCUGCUUCCCCAGCUGUGAGAGCAAGACCCCACAUGGUCCCGGGGAGUCUGCAUCCCCCACAACAAGAGGUGGCACGGGAAGCACCCUGUGAGCGCAUUACUGCUCAGUUACCCCGUGUCUCUGCUUCUCACAGCCAGAAACUUAACAAUGUGUUUGUUCAGACUUCUGGCAUGGGAACUACCAGGCACAGAAAUCACAGGUCUGAUGAUGAUACCGAUUCUGAAGAAGAGAUACAACUACUGAUCGCGAGAGAGGAAAGCCUGGGGAAAACUACAUGGUCGUCAGUGGGUGACUCUGCAAAUGAGCCCUUUGAAGUCGUAGGGGGAGACUUCAGGUCAGGUGUUCCCAAGCUGUGUUCUGUAACAGCGGCAGGUAUGGGAAACGAUUGUGACUAUGAUUCAGGAGAUACAGAUGAGAUCAUCGCAGCAAAGAAAAAGACUGAUAAGGUCAAAAACAGUGCAGAGUUUUCACAAAUGGAAAAGCCUGCACACAAGAAAACAUCUGCAAAAAACAGAAAAAACUGUGAGCGUUCUGGUAAUUGUGUUAAAGCACAAAAAAGAAAGACCAACCCAGAGCGAGCCAUCAGUGCGCGGGUUACAGCCCACUGCAGCAGCAGGGAGGAUGCGGGUUCUGCAUCAGAAUCUGCCGAGUCUGCAGGAGAUGAGGAGUACGACGCCAUGAUGAGAAACUGCCUCCGUGUGCAGCUCACCUUAGCUGAUCUAGAACAGCUAGCUGGCAGCAACCUGCAGGUUCCAGAAGAAGAUCCUGAGAGUGGGGGUGAUGGCCAGGAGACCACCACCAAGUGUGACAGGACUCCAGGUGGCCUGCACAGAGCCCGGCCGUGUAUCUGUCCUGAGGACAUUGUGGCUGCCCUCUUAGAAGGAGAAGAGAACACCUGUGGAAAACAGAAACCAAAGGAAGACAGCGUAAAGCCAAAAUUCCAGGCUUUCAAGGGAGUAGGCUCCCUCUAUGGAAAGGAAUCGAUUAAAAAACCCUUGAAAGAGAGUGUUGCCUCUGACAAUAUAAAUGAAGAUCAGGAUUCCUUGAAAGUUGGUCCUGGCAGCAUGUCCAUGGAGAAGGGGUCCCCACCUGCUAAUGGCUCAUCAAGCAAACUAACUCCUCUCCAGCGUACAAAGAAGACAAACAACCCAAACCCAAACCAAACUCAGCCUCAAAAAAGGCGUUCUACUUUCCAGAGCCAGGAUCAUAAGAUGGUGUCCCCUAGCAGUUCAGAAGACAGAGGUAGAAAUCCUGUUUCUAGUUUGUUGCCAUUAAAAGAUAAAUCUUUAAGUCUUGGUGCGAAGACCCCCAAAGAAGGCGUUGAUGAAGACUGCCACCACAGGACAGGGGAGACCAGAGAAGGCUCUGGACAGAGCAGCUCCCCGAUGCCUGGGAAAGCACUGGAGGGCUCCUCCAGGAGAGAUACUCAGGGAAGCAACACCAACUUCCCCCUUUCUGUGAACAGUUGGUCAGAUGUUCGCGCUAAGGAGAAGCAUGCUGAAGACAAUCAGAAGCGUUUGGCAGCCUUGGAGGCAAAGCAGAAAGCAAAGGAAGUGCGGAAGAAGCUGGUUCAUAACGCCCUGGCAGACUUGGAUGGUCAUCCAGAGGACAAGCCAACACACAUCAUCUUUGGCUCUGACAGUGAAACAGAGGAGCAAAGCCACCCGGGAGAGAAGCCCAUGAAGGAGUCUGUGAACAGAUCCUCUGAGAGGCUGUUUGACAGCAGCGAGGAUGAAGAAUCUGGCUCUGAAGACGACAGUCACAGGUUCAGAAUUAAACCUCAGUUUGAAGGCAGAGCCGGGCAGAAGCUCCUGGACUUGCAGUCUCAUUUCGGCACUGACGACAGAUUCCGCAUGGACUCCCGAUUUCUGGAAAGUGACAGUGAAGAGGAACAGGAAGAGGUAAAUGACGAGAAAACUGCGGAGGAAGAAGAACUUGCUGCAGAGAAGCUCAAAGCCCUGGACGUCAUGCAGAGUGUUUUACACACCACUGUGGGCAAUUCUGCGCACAAAGGAUCGUUACCUGCCAAGAAAUUUAGGGAUGUCAUACAUUACGAUCCAACGAGGCAUGACCACGCCACUUAUGAAAGGAAGAGCGAUGAUAAACCAAAGGAAAGUAAAGCAAAACGGAGGAAGAAAAGGGAGGAGGCCGAGAAGCUGCCCGAGGUGUCUAAAGAGAUGUAUUAUAGCGUUGCUGCGGACUUAAAAGAAAUAUUUCAAACUACAAAAGUUACCAGCGAAACAACAGACGACACACCCUCCAGUGAGAAUCAUGAUGGCGAGAAAGUUGACAUCCACCACCCCGCCACUCCAACGACAGGGGCCGAGGAGCCUGGCGGGUUCACAUUCUCCUUUUUUGAUUCAGACGCUAAAGAAGAAAAGGAAGAUGCCUACAGAGCUGAGCCGGUGAAAACAGGGAAGGUUGUCUGGCAGGGAGCCCCUCGUUUCCAAGACAGCAGCUCUGAAGAGGAAGAUGUUGCUGAAGAAGAAACGGAAAGCAGGAAGCCCAGCCCCAGAGAAGCAUCAUUACCUGAGAAAGAGACCACUAGAUUUUUCUUUUUUUCUAAGAAUGAUGAAAGACUUCAUGUAGGUUCUGAUUUAUUCUGGAGAGGAGUGGGAAAUAACAUUAGCAGGAAUUCUUGGGAGGCCAGAACAAACAGCUUGCGGAUGGACUGCCGAAAGAAACAUAAAGAUGCCAAAAGGAGAGUGAAACCAAAAUAAUAACGGUCAGCAUUGGUUUUGAUAUGAAUGUGAAGAAGGCUCACCUAUGGAAUUUGGAUGAUACAGAAAAUAAUCUUCAAUAAGAAGAAUCCACAGUGAAGGAGUAUUCAAAAUCUGCCUGGUCGAUAUAACUCUUUUAAUGUGGAUUUCCUGUAUAUCUCUACCUAAGGAAUUCUUCAGAAAAUUUAACCUGAUCUUUUUUU